AUGGCACUUUGGCAUAGUGAAAAUUGGCAUUUUGAAACGCACCAGCUGUAUCAUAUGGUAGGAAUCUAUUGGGAUUAUGUGCGAGAACAUUGGCCCCUAUUCUCGAGCUACGCUUGCUGGCAGCAACUUAUCAACGAGACCAAAUCCUUAAGCAGAGAUCAUGCAGCUCUGUCGGAAGUAUACAGCACACACCUCGUCGGUCGUCUCAACCAGGUGAUGGAAGACGUUCAACGGAUAUACAAACGUUGCCGUGAGAUAGGAUACGAGACGCACGAGGAGAUUCUCCGAGUGCUGGACGAGCUGCAUACCACGAUGAAAACGUACCAGACAUACCAGACGGGGUCACGGCAAGCGGAAACGAAGCUUCGUGUAGCGGAACAACAACGCAGCAAGCUCGAGGUGGCGAACGCCCCGCCCGAGAAGCUCGCGCGCAGCAAGAAAUACAAGCUCAUGGAAAAGGAAGUGAACAAGAGGAAGGCCAAAUAUCAAGAAGCGAAGCUGAAGGCUCUAAAAGCAAGAAAUGAGUACAUUCUGUGUCUCGAGGCAUCUAAUACAACAAUACAUAAAUACUUUGUGGACGACCUCUCGGAUCUCAUCGAUUGUAUGGAUUUCGGCUUUCACAACUGCAUCGCCAGAGCGUUGCUGAUGCAUUGUAGCGCAGAAGAAGGUAGACAGCGUUCACUGCAAUCCGGUGCUGAACAGUUGGCAGCCUGUGUUGGUGCUCUAGACUCAAGGGCGGACAAACAGAGGUUUUUGGAAUCUCAUCAUGCUGCCUUUAUGAUACCUAAGAAGUUCGAAUUCCAAGGACAACGAGGGGACGAAGUACUCGAAACGCCUGAACCAGAAUUACAAAAAUUAUUGCACGCCGAGAUGGAACAACGAUUGACUCAACUGCAGCAAAGAUUAACAUCCCUGAGAACAGAAUCUGAAGAAGUCUGGAAAACCUUGGAAACGGCAGAAGCUAGCCUAUUGGAAAUGUUAACGGCAAAAGACUAUGAUUGUUCUAGAUAUUUUGGAGAGAACGCUGUUCCCACUUCUAGACCACCAGAAACCGUGCAGAUUAAGCUCAGAGCCGACAGACAGGAAACUGAAGAAUUCUACCUCACGAAAUUCAGGGAAUACCUUCUUGGAACCUCAAGAAUAGCUAGGUUAGAUGCAAAGCAAGAAUACAUUCGACAGAGCCUUUUAGAUGGCUCUACUGCUAGCCCAAAUCCAUCGAUAUCAACAACGAAACAGAAGCAAGCUCGGAGAAAACGAAUCGGUAGACUACAGAUGAAUGGUCAACCAAAAUUAUUCGGUGGUUCGUUGGAGGAAUAUUUGGAAAGCACGAAUCAAGAGAUACCUCUGAUUAUGAAAAGUUGCAUUAGAGUGAUCAAUCUAUAUGGUCUUCAUCAUCAAGGUAUCUUUCGAGUCUCUGGUUCUCAGGUGGAAAUUAACAACUUCCGGGAGUGGUUUGAAAGAGGAGAAGAUCCAUUGGCUGAUGUCACAGAUGCGUCAGACAUUAAUAGUGUCGCUGGUGUAUUGAAACUCUAUUUGAGAGAACUGAGAGAACCACUGUUUCCCAUUAUUUACUUUGAACAUCUGAUGGAACUAGCGCAAUUAGAAUCGAAACAGGAGUUUGUUAACAAGAUGAAGGAACUAAUUUCCAGUCUUCCAAGACCAGUUGUCAUAGUAAUGCGAUACCUGUUCGCUUUUCUUAAUCACCUCUCAGAAUUUUCGGAUGAAAACAUGAUGGACCCAUACAACCUAGCAAUCUGCUUUGGCCCUACCUUGGUACCUGUUCCAGAAGACAAGGAUCAAGUACAAUACCAGAACCAAGUAAAUGAACUCAUCAAAAACAUUAUUACAUUUUGUGAAGAAAUAUUCCCAGAAGACAUUGGAGGUACUCAAUAUGAAAAGUACAUCAGUAGAGAACCUGAUGACGUGGACGUGGGAGACUCACCGACAGACCAGGUCCAAGAAGACAUGGACUCCGAAGUGUAUCCAUCCGAGGACGAAUCGGAAAACCUCGAAGCCACAGCGCAAUUCGAUUUCAAUGCAAGGUCCGAAAGAGAGUUAAGCUUCAAAAAGGGAGAUACCUUGACUCUAUACACACAAGUCAGUAAUGACUGGUGGCGAGGUGCCUUGGCCGGUAGAGAGGGGCUUAUUCCCGAUAAAUAUAUUAUGAUCAAGAUAAAGGACGAAGAACGUGAGAAGGAACUCCUGAAGUCGUCGAGCGAAGAAUCAAUGCGAAGGAGGACUUCUAGCUCUGCCGAUAGUGUUCUUUCGAGUAACAAUUCUCCAUUGAUGGGACCAUCUGGAAAUCCAGCUACUUGGUCCUCUAGUACCACAUCCGACGUACAGUCAACCACGAAUGUAAUCACAACAGACAGUAGCAGUAACAGCGGCGUUAUCCCAGCAGUCGUGACAAAUGCCCCUUGCAUCUCAUCAGCACAACCGAUCAUCAGUCGAGAGGAAUGCACGUCCCGAGUGUCAAAGGUAUCGACACCUGAAAAAGAGAAACACGUCUUCAUUUCGGAUCAUCGCGCAGACACUACACCAAUCAUUAUCAGUAAUAACGCGGAGAACGAGAAGAUAUCGGACUUCAGCGAGUCAUCGCAGCAGCAACGCAACGAAGACAUUGGUGAAGAAGCAGAACGUAUUUCCUUGAUGAGCUUGGACGGUGGAUCAAAGCGAGGAACGAGUAGAAAACAGCACUGGAAAUCGCAGAGUAUGGGUGACAAUGUGCAGCAGACAGGGAACUCUCUUCAGGCUGGCAUCUCUCAAGAAGAGGAACCACAAGAGCAACCAACGUUCUCGGCAAAUAGAGAGCUUUGGCAGAGACGAGCGACGUCCCAAACACAAUUGAAUCCACCUGCACCCCCCAAUCAUAAAGGUUUUCGUACCUCCCAGGAGUUUCGUGAAAUGCGUCAGAAACAUACUCCGGAUCUCGUGAUGGACUUACCUUUAUCGGCACAAGACGCGAGUAAAAAGUCUGCCUCAUCGAGCAGUCUAAGCAGCUCUGACGAGGAAACCCCAACGCAGCCGUCUCGAGCGGAAGCAGCUACGUCGCCAACAGGAGGGCCCGAGUCUCCUGACAUGAGUACAGCUGCAGAACGAUUUGCUAAACAAAAUCAAUGCACUUUGAAGAAAAACACUAAGUCGAACCCAGAUGCAUCAAAGUUGAAACGCGUAGAGACUGAGCAUGAUCCGGAACAAGAAACUGAGGAAAUUGUUCGGUCGUCUAGUUCCAAUCAGAUUUCGGAUUCGAUGCCUUUAAGAUCACCGCUUCCACCACGCUCGACGCCCAAGAUAGUGGCGAAAUUCGCAGAUAUGCAUCUAACUGGCGGUAGUCAGGUAUCGUCGUUCAAACCACAAAUAAAGGUGAAACCAACGAUUCUUAGAAAACCGGUAUUACCAUUCCCACAUCCGCACAUGAGUCCCGAGCUCGCGAGGAAAAUCGAGAAACAAGCGCAGAGUGCCGAACAAACCAAUUAAUUGCUACGCAGGGUAUCACAGAAAAAAAGAGUUUUUAGCAGCGAGGAAAUAUUUAUUUUCAGCGAUCCAUGCGUGUUUGAGUAAGAUUUCCAGACGCGUAGAUUUGCCACUGACUUUCCAUUGACCAGUUACUCCGCCCAAAUCGCAAGGACACGAAGUGUGUUAGUUACUGUACCCAAAAAGAAAGGAAAGCCGGACAGCAUCGCUCCCUUAUAUGGAAUGGAACACGCAAGUUCAAUUGCCAACAAACAGUUUAGUUGCAUAUAAAAGGUCUGAUGCUGUCCUCGGGCCGAGUUUAUUUUUUCUACGACUAUUUUCCAUUUUCGCAUAAUUUUUUUACCAAAUGACCCGCGAAACGAUGUUUCUAGUCAUCGAGCGACGAUUGAAAAACGAUGCGAGAAAUGUAUAAGCGAGAAAAUACAUCGAAAAAGAAAAAAAACGUAAAAAAAAACAUAAUUUCGAGGUUAAGUAGUUUUUCGUCGAUAGAAUGAUAGAAAAAGCGAGAGAGUGCGCAAGCGAGAGAGAGAGAGAGUGAGAGAGAGAGAGAGAGAGAGAGAGAGAGAGAGAGAGAGAACAUGAUUUUGUACGUUGGACGAUUUGUAAUUUAUUGCAAGGAAUAUUUCUUCUCAACGUGUUAUCAGUAUGAUGUUUGCAACAAACGUGUUCGAUGUUCCUUUAAAAUG